CAGAGAUCCUCUAGAGAGUACACGCAGUGAACGGUGAUGAGCAAUAGUGUAGUAGCAACCAUGGUGAACAAAGAUGAAACUGUUCUAGUGCCCAAAACAACCAGAACGUCCUUCAGUAUCAGCAGUUUGCUGCCGGAAUGUUGCAUGGACACCCCUGACAGUAAAACCGACGAUGAUAACGUUGAAAUCGACGUGGAAAGUGAAUCCGAUUGUGAAGAUUUGGAUGUGACUUCCACACCUCCUCUGGACUGUACUAAAAGUGAUAAAGAAGAAGAAGCCGAUAAGUCCAAAGAGAAACCCACCUUCAGCUACAACGCGUUGAUAAUGAUGGCUAUUACGAACAGCCCGAACAAACGCCUUACGUUGAAUGGGAUCUACGAGUACAUAAUGAAGAACUUCCCUUAUUACAAAGAUAACAAACAGGGGUGGCAAAACUCGAUUCGCCACAACUUAUCUUUAAACAAAUGCUUCGUGAAGGUACCCCGGCACUACGAUGACCCCGGCAAAGGUAACUACUGGAUGUUGGAUCAAAGCGCAGAAGACGUUUUCAUAGGUGGUACCACUGGGAAGUUGAGGAGGCGAUCCACAGCCGCAUCGAGAUCAAGAUUGGCGGCUUUUAAGAGGACGUUAUCGAUGUAUUCGCCCUUGCAGCACUACCCGCAGUUCUACCCACCCAACCCGGCUCUCCUGGCGGCCUAUUCGAGAUACAACCCGUUCCUGCACGCACCAAAUGCAGCUUCGAUGCUACCGAGACCGUCCCCAAUGCAACCAACUUUCGGCAUGGACAAAAUAAUCCCUCCAAACGGAAUGGACGCUUCGUUCUUCCGACCGCCCCAAUCGUUCUUGGAGAUGUACAACAAUCUGCGGUUCUCCAACCCCCUUGGCUACCCCCUGCAACUACCGAUACCGAAUUUGCCGUCUCAAGGUGUCAAUUUGUCGGUAAGCAGUUGUCAGAGCAGCCCGGACUCGAGACCGAGCCCUGAGGGACUCCUCAAGCCAGUUACAGUGAUAAGGAAUAACCAGUGAUAUAGUGAUUAAUGUGAUGGGAAUAAUAGCUCAAUUACAGCUUAUAUCUUGCAGCAAGAUUCUUGCUUGAUAUAUAAAAGUAAUAAUCUUUACUAUAGUAACUGAGCUAUUUAAAUUGGUUUCCGUCGGACUAAGUGAUUAAAAAACAUGUAAAAGACAAAAUUACAAUUGUAUACUAUUUAUUUUUAGUGCAAUUCUGUAAAUAAUUGUAUAAAAACUUACUAUGCGAAGUAAAAUAAUAUCAAAACUUAAUCUUUAUUAUUUAAAACAGUUUUCAAAUUUUAGUUCUUCAUCAGCAAAUACAGUCUUUUUACUGAUCAUAUCAAUC